AGCAAAUAUUUGUUCAAAAACUUCUAAAUGAGACAGACAUCUUCAUCUCAUUUUUAAACAUAACUGAUUGAGAAAAGUAACAGAAGAGCUAUCUAAUAGGGGAAAAAAUAACUCUAAAGAGCUCAUUAUUUGAUGUCAACAUGAAAACAGGAAUCUACAUACUUCUUUUGAGUGAAAUAUGUUUUGAAUUCAUCAAGGCUGAUAUCAAACCUAAGUUUCCUAAGGAGGAAAAAGAGAGUAAUUUCUUGGGAAGAAAUAACAUCAGUAUUUCCAAAGAGCAUUAUCAUCACAAAAAUAUCUCUAAGCCUUUUGAAGACCAAGGUUUUGAAGACCAAGGUUUUGAAGACUUCACUGUUCGCAACUUCACUGAAAAGACUUCAAAUUUUGGAUUUAACCUCUACAGAAGAAUUGCAAUGACACAUGAUAACAAUGUAAUCAUCUCUCCCCUUUCUGUGUCAGCUCUCAUGAGUGUCUGCAUGAUGGCAGCCAAAGGAGAAACACACAGACAAAUUGUAAAAGGUCUAAACCUCCAUACUGUGAAGGACAGAGUGGAUCACCAACAUUUACCAGCUCUGUUUAAACAACUGAUAGGUAACAUCACAAUGAAUGAAGAAUUUCUCCUUGUACAAGGUAUUCUUUCUUUUAUUCAAAAGGACUUUGGACUCAAGCAGUCUUUCCUGAAUUUGUCCAAGCAGUACUUUGGUAUGGAAUUCCUGAAAGUGGACUUUGAAAACUUAACACAGGCAAAACUUUUCAUCAAUCAAAACAUUAACAAAACGACCAAAGGCAAAAUCCCAGGGCUUUUUGAAGAGCUGGACCACCAUAAUAAACUAGUGUUUGUGGACUACAUUGUCUUUAAAGGCAAGUGGGUCUACCCAUUUAAUUCCAAAUUCACUGAAAUGGAGACUUUCCACAUAAACAAAUACAGAAGUGUACAGGUACCCAUGAUGUUCAAGUCAGAUAAAAUUUAUUCAACUUUUGAUGACAACUUAAGAUGCACUGUGAUAAAGAUACCUUACAAAGGGAAUGCCUACAUGCUGAUUGUUAUCCCAGAAAAGGAGGGAGACUACAUUUCAGUUGAAGACCAUUUGACUACAGAGCUUGUGGAAUCCUGGCUUGGAAACAUGAAAACCAGAAAAGUGGAUAUUUCAUUUCCAAAGUUUAAACUAGAGCAAAAAUACAAAAUGAAGAAACUGCUUCAAGGUCUUGGAAUUAAAAAGCUCUUUACACGUUCAGCAGAUCUUAGUCAUCUGACAGAUCAUGAAUAUGUAGCAGUUUCACAGGUUGUCCAAAAGGCAUUUAUUGAAGUGGAUGAAGAAGGAACUGAGGCUGCAGCAGCAACUGGGUCAGAAAUAACUGCAUUCACGGUGCCUCCUGUAAUCAAAGUGGACCGACCUUUCCUUUUCAUGAUUUUUGAAGAAACUUUUAAAACAUUACUGUUCAUUGGCAGGGUGGUUGAUCCAACAGAAAUGUGAAUAAAGGUGAUAGUUUCUAUUU